CAAAAAAAGCCGCAAAAGAGCAACAACCAAUCCGCGGCAUGUCGAUUGCGGCGAAACGAACGGCGGCGGAAACCGCGGUGGCCUCCCGCAGCACUCGAAUCGGAGCCAAGCCGCCGCGCCGCGCGCCGGCGGCGAACUUUUGAGCCAUGUCGGAGAGUGAAGGCAGCAGCGACGAGAGCGGGAGCGAGGUGGCGAAGGACUUCUUUGAGAACCAGCGGAGAUGUACCGACCUGCCUUGCGGGAUACUCUUUGUGAUCGGCAUGGGCGCCCUUCUGGCGAUGUUCGUUUGGGCCUCGGCGACCGGGAACACCAAGAAGCUGUCGCACGGCAUCGACACUCAUGGCUUGCAGUGUGGUGUAGAUACGCCGGUCAUCAAUAGGCCCUUGUUGUACUUUUGCGGCGUCAUCACCAGCUCCGGGGAGCACUCGGUGAACUUGGACGACCCCAUCUGCGUCUCGGAGUGCCCCUCCGAGGGCUCCAACGUGGCGGCGUUGGAGGGGGGGUGCCAGGGCUAUUCCUACCCCACCACCCAGGUGGGAAGCCGGUACUGCCUGCCCUCGGGCAGUGCGGAGGCCAAGAGCCGCGAGGUGGUGGACCGGGAGAUGAGGUCCAUGUCCUCGGAGGUCUGGAACAUCAUGGGCCGCGUCACGCAGGCAUGGCCGGUGCUUUUGCUCUCAGUGGUGGUGGCCUGCCUCAUGGGCUAUGUGUUCCUCUUCAUGCUGAAGACGCUGACCAAGUGCAUCAUCUGGAUCUGCGCCAUCAUCGGGUUCGCGGCCUUCGCGGGAUUGGGGCUGUACUUGUGGGUGGAGGCCGGGCAGAAGGCGGAUCUCUCCACCACCUUCAAGGUGCUGGCCAGUAUCUGCUGGAUCUUGGCCUUCCUCACCGCGUGCCUGGUCUGCUGCUGUGGCCAGGCCCUAGACCUCUCCACCGCGUGCAUGGGCCAGGCUGCCCUGGUCAUCUGGCGGAACCCGCUGCUGCUGUUCUCGCCAUUGGUGAAGGCCAUCGUCAAGGUCUUCUUCUUUGUCUUCUUAUUGGCUGGCUUCAUCCACUUGGUCUCCACGGGGGAAGUCUCGGGCCUGGGCCGGGAGCGGCAUUUGUCGCUCUCCACAGGCCAGGUUUGGAUGUGCAUCGCCUACGCCUUCCUGGCCUUUUGGCUCCUAGCGUACGUCAGCGCGGUCUACCAGUUUUCCAUCGCCUACGCCACGGCGAAAUGGUUCUGUGCGCCGAGAGAUGCCAAGGGAAAGAAGGACGUGGACCAGUGUGCCGUCAUCGAAGGGGUCCGCGUCGGCAUGUGGUACCACACCGGGUCUUUGGCCUUCGGCUCCGCGCUGAUCGCCUUCCUGGAGCUGCUGCAGCGAGUCCUGGAGUGGGCCGAGAAGAAGAGCAUGAUGGAGGGCGAGAUCAACCAGGUCACAGCCUGCAUCGUGAAGACGUUGCUCUGCUGCUGCAAGUGCGUGGAAGGUAUUAUUGCAUUUGUGAACAAGAACGUGUACAUCGACAUCGCACUGACCUCCAAGACUUUCUGUGCUGCCCUGAAGAGCAUCGCGCACAUCGUGAUCGAGCACGGCGCGGCCAUGGCCAUCUUGAACGGCGCCACGGCCAUCUUUCAGAUCGUCGGCCUGGCUGCCAUCACGGCCUCGGUGGGUCUCUUGGCUUCCGUUAUGCUGAACACGGAUCAGUACCAGAACAUCUACAGCAGCUCUUACCUGCCCAACCCGGGCGCGGCGAUCGCGGUGUGCUGCAUCCUGGCCUUCAUCGUGGCCUGGUCCUUCAUGGCCAUCUUCGACAUGACCAGCGACACGCUGCUCAUCUGCCACGCCGAGGAUAUGGCGAACCCGUACGGGGCCAAGUACAAUGACAACAACAAGGAGUUUGCGGAGAUUUACGCAAAGGCGGAGGAGAAGGCGAAAGAAAUGGCGGCCGCCAACGCCACUUCCUCGGAGGAGGAACAACCCCAUUACCGCUACUCCAGGAACAAGAAGUGAGGCCGACAUGGCGGCGUUCGCCUUAACGGCCCUGGCCGAACAAGCCGAGACCUCCGGUGGAGACAUCCCAAUCGUGAUUUUGGAGGGUGGGCCUUUUCAGCAGCAACGAAGGGCGCCCUUCCCUCGGGAAUCCGCAGGAGGUCCGGCCUUAUAAGCCUGAAAAUCUCAGGCACUCGGCCGAAAGCUGAGGUCGUGUUUCAACCCCGAUUUCGGGCCCCACACCCCAGACGGGCGUCAGGGAUGGCGGCUGGACUGCCAUCCUUGUGUUUUGUUUCGGGGAUUAGACCUCAAAUGGGCAGAGCUUCGACUGUUGAAGACUUAAUUUACACACCCGCCUG